AGGUAAACCCUUAAAUCCCAACCCAACCCUUUGUGCCUUUCCUCAUCUACAGAGAGACAGAGAGAGAGAGAGAGAGAGAGAGAGAACGAGCACAUUCUGAAGAGGUAACUAGAAGCGUUGGAACUGAGAGAAAAUCAGCUAUGGCAAGCGCAGACGUAGAGACCGUGGACUUCGAUUUUCAAGAAGACGAUCUCAUGGACGAGGAAGGAGCGGUCGACGCCGAGCCCUCGGCGUCCCCUAGGGCCCCACAACCCAAGCUCAAGUCCGCAAUCACCGGCGUCGGCGCGUCCGCCUCACCCGCCGCCCCUAAAAAGACUAAAGGUCGCGGAUUUCGUGAAGAUCUCAAUGCCGACCGCAACAACCGCCUCGCUGCCUCCGACUUCGACUCCCUAAACUCCUCAGACGGCCUCGAACCCCAACGAUCCGUUGAGGGAUGGAUUAUUCUGGUCACUGGGGUACAUGAGGAAGCCCAAGAGGAUCAUCUACAUAAUGCAUUUGGUGAAUUUGGAGAGAUAAAAAAUUUGCAUUUAAAUCUUGAUCGCCGCACUGGGUUUGUGAAGGGAUAUGCGCUGAUUGAAUAUGAGAGUUUUGAAGAGGCACAAGCUGCGAUAUCUGGAAUGAAUGAAGCUGCAUUACUUACACAGAUUCUUAAUGUUGAUUGGGCCUUCAGCAAUGGAUCCUUCCUUGAUGGAUCCAGGAAGAAGACCACAAGACCUCUACGAGAACGUCGUUCGAGGAGCCCCCCUAGGAGGAGAUACUAAUGUGGCAUGCAUAGUUCUGUCGUGAGGGGGCUUGGAUUUUGAACAGUGGGUUGGAUAUUUUAUCAUUGAGUUAGUAAAGAUUUGGGUUGAUGUGUGGAAUUCACUUAUUUUAUGGAUUCAUCUCAAUUUGCCCCGGAGCUCUCACCUUUUUUUCCCCUUAUUGUAUGCAUUCGAAGUGAUUUCCCAGUUUAGUCAUGGUUCUUAUUAACAUGAGUAUGUUUCUCUAGCGUGAUUACUUUAUCUGACUUUGAAGAUGCUGCUAAGACCAUAAUUUUUGUAAUUGUAAUGUAGAUUAACCUUAAUUUAUCUUUUCAAGGUUUUUUU